AUGCUGGCGCAGGCUACAGUUGCUGCUGCUCCUAUUGCUUCGAAACGCACGGACGCCUCCACAGCGUCCGCUGCCAGAAUCGUGGUCGUGGCCGUGCUCAGGGCGCUCAGGGCGUUGACCAUGGACAGCAGAGUUUGGGAGCAAGCGCAGGUGCCAAUGUUACUGUUAUUACAGAUGACCAAGGCCCUGCAGAGCAUGACGAUGCAACUGCUGCAAGCUGCGCCGCAUCCGAAGCCGUUAGUGGUGCCGCGGUUGCAGCAGCGCCAGAUGGACAUGGCCAGUUCGGCCAGGAUGAUGUUGGCAGAUGGAGCCGACCCUGUACCCGUACCAUUCCGGUAUGAAGUUGCGGCCUUGGAGACGGGCAAGACGUCCCAGACGUUGGGGGCCCUGCUUGUGGGCAACUGCCACAAGGUUUGGCGCGGGAAGAAUGCUGCCCUGGUGUGGGAGGUCGAGUUUACGGAGGAGCCCCCAAAGAUCCAAGUGUGCAAGCCCAAAGUGUACACGCUGUGUAACUUCAUGAUUCCAAAGAAAUCCUGGGUUCUCGUGCAGAAGGUCGAGGUCUUUUGUCGGCAUGCCAGCGUUGGUUGCACUAAGAUCAUGCUGGACAGAUUCAAUUCUCAGAUUGGCAUUGGGUCGAAGUUGCAGGUGGAUGGUAUGCCAAUCUCAAAGACUGUCGAGAAUCUCUCCGAGGACAGUGAGGAGCACAAGGAGCCCGUGACAGAGACCAAUAAAGCCUCGGCAGCCCCAAGAAAGUCAGCACUGAAGAAGAAAGCCACAUGCAAAGCAACCAAGGAACAGGAAGAGGAGAAGGGAGAGGAGGGUGGGAGCCAAGUUGCAGAGGAUGAUGAUGAGGGACAGGACGAGGAGAAGGCAGCUCCCUGCAGACCGAAAAGAAAGCGAUCAAAAGGCAACCGCCAAUGCAACCCAGUGCAAGAGGAGCCACAGGAAGAAAAGGAGGUCAAGGAGGAGGAGCCCAAGGCAAAAAAACCCAAAGGCCCGAAGAAAAAGCCAGCAAAUUCAAAGAAGAAGCGCCAGGACUUAGAGGCAGCAGAGGAGUACGAGGAAGAAGGCUUGGUAUUCGAUGAUGAAACGUGGCCUGAAUGCGACGAGGAUCCUGGCUUGAUGAAGCGACCCGCAGCAAAAGUCCAGGCGAAGAGUGCGAGAGCGAAGGAGGAUGCACAGGACGACCAGGAAGGUGCUGCAAUGAAGCGCCCCGCAGCAAGAGCCAAGGCGAAAAGUGCGAGCACCAAGGCGAAGGCUGCCUGUAAGAGCAAGCCCAAAGGUGGUGACUCAGGUGGUGACAAGGACAAGAUAACCUACAGCAACCCGUACCACUACUCAGCCAAGUUUGGCAUCAAGGCCAUCGGAGGACCAUACAAGACCAAGAAAGAGAUCCUUGUGGUGGGCGGUGCUAUGUAUCCAACUGACAAGUUGCAGGAGAUCGCGGAAAUUGCUGUGGAACGAUUGCGCAGUGGCUACAGCCUCGCGAAUGUCAAGGAGAUGGAGCAGAUGAAGCAUGAAGUCCUCAACGGCAUUAUCGCUUCUGAGAAGAAGGGUCAGGCUGACGAGAAGAACGAUGAUGCACAUGGCUCCGAGUAUGUGGCGUCUGCGGAUGAGCGUCGGAGCUUUCUGACCGGCUUCUCGGGCAGUGCAGGCUCAGCCAUCGUGACGGACAAGCAAGCCUUGCUGUGGACGGACAGCCGCUACUUCCUCCAGGCAGAGAAACAGCUGGCAGGUACAGAAUGGGUGCUGAUGCGUCAGUUCCAACCUUCCGUCCCCUCUUUGACGGACUGGGUCCGGUCAAAUCUGAAUGGCAAGUGCGUUGGGGUCGAUCCACGAUUUGUACCUGCGGAAGUUGCAAAAGAAUGGACCUCGAAGUGGGGAUCUGAUGUCUGCUUGAAAGAAGUAAAGGCAAACCUCGUCGAUGCCAUCUGGACAACACGACCAGACGACCCGUGUAAUCCGGUGGAGCUGCAUCCGCUGGAUUUGGCAGGUGAAUCACUGCCACAGAAGAUUCGAAGAGUGCGGGAAGCAAUUGACAAAGAGGGUGCCAACGUGUGUGUCGUGAGUGCUCUGGACCAGAUCGCUUGGCUUUUCAACUUAAGAGGCUCUGAUAUUGAGUACAACCCCCUAUUCUUCUCCUAUGCUGCAAUCUUUCCGGAUCGAGUUCUGCUUUUUCUUCGGGGAGUCGAGGAGGGUGGAGGCGGGAAUAGACUUUGUGCAGAAGUCCAGUCGAGCCUCGCCGAAGCGGGGGUGACUGUGAGGCCAUACAAUGGCUUUUUCGACGAGCUGGCCAAAGAGUUAGGCCCGGAAGACAAGGUAUUCCUUGACUCCUCUUUCUGUUCUUUGGCCACUCUAAGCAUGGUGAAGCCAGAGCUGCGGGUGCAUGGUCUCUCGCCCAUCGAGCGCUUCAAGGCGAGCAAAAACGAUGUGGAGAUCUCUGGCAUUAAACGGGCUUGCAAGCGCGACUCCAUUGCUCUUUGUGAGCUUUUUGCGAAGCUUCGUCGAAUCCUGUGCAGACCAAAUCAGGAUGAGCUCCCUCCAACUGAAUUCGAGGUUUGCCAGAUGAUGCAGGAAUUGCGGCGAAAGCAGCCGCUGUACGUUGGAGAUAGCUUUCACACGAUUUCAUCCGUCGGUUCGAACUCAGCGGUGGUUCACUACCAGCCCGAUCGUAACAACUCCAAGGUUCUUCAACAAUCAGAAAUUUACUUGAUUGACACCGGCGCGCAGUACAAGGACGGCACGACAGAUGUGACCCGAACGGUGCACUUCGGAAAUCCGAGCGCUGAAGAGAAGCGCAUCUACACGAGGGUGCUGCAAGGCCACCUCUCCUUGGCGAAGGCCGUCUUCCCAGAAGGCACUCCAGGCCUUCUUUUGGAUGCCUACGCGCGCGGGCCGCUCUGGCAAGAUGGGUUGCAGUACGGUCAUGGCACAGGUCAUGGCAUUGGCGCAUACCUGAAUGUCCAUGAAGGGCCUGCCCAGAUCGGCGGCGGUAGUGUGCCUGGGGAUCAGAUUCUCGCAAGCGAAAGGCGGCGGCGACUGUUUCUACAGCCGAUUGUUGCCGGAUCUCUCCUGUCGGACGAACCAGGUUGUUACAAGGAUGGGGAAUUCGGAGUGCGAAUCGAGUCGGACAUUCUGGCAGUGCCUGCGACGAUGUCAUACAAGAUGGCUAGUUUUCUGAAGUUUGAGUGCCUCACUUUGGUGCCCAUGUGUCGGGAGCUUGUGGAGGUGUCCCUUCUGUCCCCAGCCGAGCUGACGUGGUUGAAUGAAUAUCAUGCCCGCGUCUGGGCCGAACUUAGGGAAGUCUGGCCGGAGGGAGCAGAGCCACGGACAUGGCUGUGGGAUGUCGUGCUGCUUUGCUGGGAGGAGUUCCGCCGUGAUGUGGAAAGCCUCCAACAGCUGCUCGACACAUUGUGGAAGAGCUACACGCAGGAAACCCUGCGAGACAGCACCAAGGUGGGCGACCUCCUGGUCGAUUUCUGGGUUGAGGUGCUUAACUAUCGGCUCAGCGCUGCUGGCUGGAUCUCGAAAGUGGUCGUAGAGCAGGCUGCCUCUGUCCCUUCCCAGCGGCAGCAAAGGAGACAGGUUCGACAAGAGCAGCAGAAGAGAUUGAAGGAGCGCAAGCACCGAGAGCAGGAGAUUCGCGAACAGGAUGACCGGAAUGCAGACUCGCCGGUGGAGCCGGAGGUGCAGGAGACUGCAGAGUCACAGGUCGAGGUUGCGGCAGAUGUCUUGGACCAAGUCACGUCUCACAGCAUUUUGUACGUCAUGCGUCCUAACCUCCCUUUGGUGGACAGCCGCACGCUGCUUUCCUCCUUGCAUUCGCUGCCUCAGCUUCGACAGGCCCAAGCUGCUCUGGAGCAUUCUUAUGAUCUAGACCUGGCGCGAUGCUACUACACCGUUCGGUGUGCGAUGUAUCUUGUCGAAAGCUGCGUGGAGGGAGGGUCAGACACGGGAGGCCCCAUGCCCGGCCACAAGGUCAUCGAGGGUGGCAUCCACGAGCUGGACAGCUUGAUCAGCUCCAUCGAGCGGGACCACAUGAAGGUUUCUGUCUUCUUGUUCAUAUCUUCCCUCUGCUUCGCCAGGCACCAUCACCUCUCAUCAGCUCGCAGCACACCCAAUACGACCCGUGCGGCAAACUUUCUGGUGCCACCAGGCGUAUUGCUUUCAUUGCUUGUCCUUCUGCGGCACCACCUUCAACCCCUGGCAGCCUCGGGGCCGAGUGCUGAGCUUGAGACGAUCCAACAGCUCCAGCUUUUUGCGCAGGAGACUAUUUGGCGCAUCUUCAUUUGCCUGAAGGAUUACAUCAUCUACUCGCAGCUUGCGGUUCCCGGUGGAUUCGCGUCGCUAGCACCUGCGCAGCGCACCGGGGAUCUUGGCAUAGCAGAGGGCACUGCACGGGAGUGGGCUACGGCGGUCGGGGCGGUCAUCGUUGGAGAUAUGGACAUUCUAGGAGGCCUCCAAGGCGCAGCUGCUGAACGGGCUGUCCGGCAGGGUGUCUCAGGCUUGGAGGUUUCUGGCGAGCUGCACCCGUUGCGCCAGCUCUGUACCCCCAUGGAGGUGCCCUUGUCACUUCUGCCUUCCACCUUCAUUCCGCGCAUGUUGGCAUGUCCGGCGACGCUUUUGCAGCGCUCCUUGAAGAUGAACGACUAUGCCCUCAGCUGGCAGCUACUGAACCACUUCCCCGCCCUGCAAGGAGAUCAUGUUGAAAUGGCGGUUCGGAUUGCAGAACAGUUCAAGGAGCUGCGGCAGUUGCUGGAGACUAGAGGCAAGCCGGCUGUGCAGGAAGAGGAGGAGUCUGAGUCCAAGGUUUCCAGCGAUGUAUCAGGGCUGGACCAGCAGCUGGAGAACGAAUUGGAGGUGUGCUUGGCAAAGCUGGCCGAGACACUUCCCGCCGCUCAAGGCACAUCGGAAGCGCGGCAUCUGCUCGGUUCACUGUCACGGCCGCUACUGGCCUUCUACGUCCUCGUCGAUCUGGCAGUGUCAGCAGCCCCAUUCAGCCAGAUGAGUACCUUCCUGCUCAAGAAAGCAACGCACUGGCUGGUUGCCGAGGAAGUGGGCCCGGGCGUUGAACCGGUCGUUGCGGAUGCCAUGCGGAGCUUCUUCCAGACGUGGGUGGAAAGGCUUUGUGUCCUGAUUGAAGUCCGGCCAGAGCUACGAGAUCGAGCCUCCCUGGCUUCCAUCAUCCUGGGCAUUGAAACUUUGCCGUCUGAGCCAGCUCUGUUGAAGUCCCACCUCAAUCGCUUGCAUACCCAGCGGCAUGCGAUCCUGUCGCUGGUGGAAAGCGUGGACUUGGUCAAGAAAGGACAGACGUCUGCUUCGCAAAGAACGCUUGUCGACUUCUUGUCAUCGGCCAUUACAUCUCUGAACCGAGAGGAGGAGGACAGCUCUAAGGUGGCAGGAGCUGAUGCUGGUGACCGUGAGGAUGCUGUUCAGAUCUCGGAAGGCCUGGGCUCCUCGAGGUACCUCCUUCGCUUUUUAGAGUACCUGGCGAGAGUGGCGGAUCUCAUGCACUCGGCCUCGCAGGAUGCUGGCACACGAAAGCCCAAGAAGACUUCUGCGGAGGCCAUGAGGCGGCGUGAAGCAGUGACACUGACGUUCGAGAGCUCAUCCGCUGCUGGAGCUGCAGUCGAGAUGAACGAGGAGACGAUGGAUGAGGCUGCCGGGGUGACCAAGCUUUUCGACGUCCUUGCUGAGCCGCCCAAGGGCAUUGUUGCCAGACUGCUCUUCGAACUGGGAGGACAUCGCCAGGCAUUGGCUCUCUCAGAAAUCACGAGCAUCGACAUCGUCGAAGUGAUUGUAAAUGCUUCGUUCAAGUGGAACGACGGAGAGCUGAGCCAGAAGGACCGCUUGCUGAGCACGCUUCCCAGGUAUCCAAUGUCCAUGGAGGUGGUGCAGUACCUCGCGCAGCAUGAGAGGGCGCUACCUAGAGUGCGCUGCUCUGAGGCGCCCUUGCUGGCCACAUUGGCUUGCUUGGAGUGUCGCGGCCAGCACUGGCCUUCGUGGCCUAUGCUCCGCUUCGCAAAGGAGCAGAGUCGGCGCUUCCCUGCAUUGCACCGAUGGGUCGAGGAGCGUUGGCACACUUUACGUGCCAUACGGUGGGCAGAUGCUCGAUCCGAGGGCAAAGACGCUGACAGCCUUCCCUCAUGUUUGCAGGUGACUGACGAUGCAUCCGAAACCGAAAGUGCGCGGGAGGGUAGUGCAGUUCAAGAUUCUGAAGGCAUCGGAUACACGGAAGAGGAGUUUGCGAAGCUUGACCCAGAGGAGCAGCUUGCGCUGCAAGCUGCUGGCGACGAUCAAGAGGCGAGCAUGUCAGCGGCAUUCACGAAGCUGGUGAAUGCUCUCAUCGCCGAAGAGCGGUACGAGGUCGCACUGCAAGCAUGCGACGAGUAUCUACCCGUGGACAGUGACCUCACAGAUCAAGUGCUUCACCUUUACCUCAAGAGUCCUCACGAGCAAGCCCCAUCUGGCUCGCACGAGUCUGCCGUGCAUCGUGAGCUCUUGGACCACGAGUGCAUGUACCGUGUGAAGGGCCACACGCUGGCAGCGCAACUAACUCUGGAUAGGUAUAAACGCUGGGAUGUCGAUACGGCCGUGCAGACUCUUUCCAUGUGUCUCCAUCGCAUUGAGAAUGAGCCAAGUGCAGACAGCAAUGAGGCUGGGCGAGCUGCAGCAUUGAAGCAGGAGCUUCGCAGGAUUUUGCAAAGGAUGGUCUCAUUCGAGAAGAUCCUGCAAGUGUCCGACGGACGCUGGCAAGUGUGGCAGGAGAUAGAGGACAUGAGCAAGAUGCAGGUUGGUGAGGCUGUGGAGCACCUUCUGUCGUUGCAGCAGCAUGACAUGGCUCGCACACUCGCCCAGAUGUAUGGCAUGACAGAUCCCCUGCACUCCCUGGAGCUGUCAAGAUUGCACUAUCUGUUUACCACGAAGCAUGACAAAACCAAUGCCGUCAACAGGAGCGAAUGUCACUUCCUGUGUUUUGGGACUAUGUCAGGCGACACAUUGGCAUCGCAUUGUGCUGCAACUGGCGAUGCAGAUGGGUUCGAUGCCGAGGAUGUGCACAGCGAGUGCUUAUCCUUGAUCCAGAGAACGGCCGGUCUCAAAGACAGGCUCGGAAUAAGGACUGCCCCCUCCGCGCAAGAGGCUCACCAAGAUGGCGCGCUCUUUCAGAAAGCGCUGGUGGUUUCGAUUGAACCCGACAAGUACACCGUCACUGCAGAAGAGCUCAAGGACAUGGGCGUGCCAGCAGAGAUGGUGCGCGGCUACGAUGGAAGGAUGCCAUCCGAGGUCCUCGAAGCGCUGCAGCUGUUGAAGGAGUAUGGGAAUGCUGCCAGCCUGCAUUCCACCGUGAGCAAUUGGAUGGUGUGCAUGCACACCUCUCCGGGGAAGCCCCCAAACCUAGGUGCAGCUAUGUCUGAGCUUUGGAGUAAUCUAUUCAGAAUGUCUCCAAGAAAUGUCGACGAACUUCUUCAGCACGAUCACCACGGGUGUGUGCCGAAGGUCAUAGCAAUCGCUGCAGCUCACGUGCGACUCUGGCGUGACCUUGCCAGCGGAAAGCUUCCCACUCAGGGAGCGGCAGCAAUUGGUGACCCAAACAGUGACCCCUGGUAUCUCGUGAUGGAGGACGACGUGGUCUUUUGUCCUGGCUGGCGGGAGCGGAUGCAGCGGGAGCUCCCCUUGGCUCCAGCGGAUGCCGAGGUGAUCAAGCUCUUCUUUUUUGGGCACUGGCGUGCAGAAGACCAGGUGGGCAACAGCUCCUUGCCCGGGCCGUUUCUGCAGGCCAAGGAUCCGUUGCGUGGCUGGGACCUGGUGACGUCGGCCUUGUACGAGCUUCUGCACGGCGCUGGCUGGUCCAAAGUUCCGGCUGCUGGAUUUUACGCGGGAACGCAGGCAUACCUAAUCCGCCCAUCUGGCGCUCGAAAGCUGCUGGAGAAUAUCCGUGGCAAGCCUUUCCAGGACAUCGACAUGACAAUGAUGAGUAGCGUGAAAAACUAUGUGUGGCGCCGGGUCUUGGUGAGAGAUCGACCCGACGACCCGAAGCCACUGCUGCUGUCACUGCCACCUUCACAAGCAGUGUCGUUUGCACUGCAGCUCCUGGAUAUGUUCGAUGUCAUUCAGCACCGAGCUCUUCUCUGCCAAAUGCUCUUGAAGCAACUUCAGUCCUGGUUGACGCCUGGGGAGGAAGAGCGCCUGCGAGUACUGCUGGCAUCCCUACAACUUCUGGGUGAAGUUAGUGAGACGAUGCGGCCACAUUUUCUGAAGCUCCUCAGGAAACCGGAACUCAUCGUCGAAAGCCUGCUCAUGAAUGCGCGCGUCGACCUGCUGAAGAAAUUCCUGGAGGAUUUUCCAGAGUACCGGCACGACGAACUCAUUCUGCGGUACGCACGAAAAGCUUUGGCACUGCAGCCGUCUUCUCAGACUCCAGUGCUGACAGAAGACACAGUCGAGGAGGAAGAGAACGACGCAGAGACAAGAUUGGAAGCUCCUGCUUCCCCUGGUCACAGAGCACAUCAGGCUGAGGAUGAAGGCCUUGGCGGACCAUGGUGCCUCACCGGUUCCCCCCGGAAGGACUUGGAGAUUCGUGGCAGGCAUCACUUCGAAGAGGCACCCAACAGUGGUCUGACAGAACGGAUCCUCGAGCUGUGCUCCGACAGCCCCGACAACGCUGCAGCGUGUUUCCACAUAUGUGACGAGCUUUCGCUUCGACUGUAUGACCUUACGCCAAAGUCUGGUCCGGGGAAGACUUUGACCACAUCAACACCGUGGCAGCCUGGUACGCCGCUGACAUCUGUCCGGCUCCUGACGUUUUUGAUUCGACGACUGCUGAGCUAUCUCCAAGGGAAGUUUGCAGGUGCCGGGGCAGAGGUUCAGCUGAAGCUUGAGAGAAGUCUGAAGAAUCUUGACUUCAUACCGCGUCUGUGGCAUGUCAGUGGUCGCAAGGUCGGCUUGGCGCAGCUUUGUGACCCGAAGAGUGCUGCGGAGCUUCGGGACGGUCUUGUUGCAGAGGAUCAUCUUGCUCUGGCAUUAGAGCUGUGCAAGCGCUGCAGUGGCGAGCAGCAGAUCUCGAGCAAGGACAAACUUGACCCUCCAGAUGGUUCCUGGCAUAUCUCUGCAGACCCAGUCAGGGAAGCGAAGGCCGUCGCUUUUCAGCGGCUCCGUCGAUUCGAGGAAGCGAGACAGGAGUACAGCAUGACAGACGACACUGUGACUCUCGGAGCUGAACCCCGAGCUACUGAACGAGCAUUGACGGCGUUCGAGGACGCAAUGCGAUAUCCACCGCUGUACGACCUGUCUGCUCUGGAACAGCAGCAAAGCAUCUACACGUUCAACUCCUUGCAGCGGAAGUUGUACCGCUCGACAGCAACCAUGGCGAGCCUGCCAAUGUUCCUACUUCCAGGCUCUGGUCACGAAAGAGGCAGAGAGCAAGCACAACAGGAGGUGCCGGUAGUUCCCAUCUCCAAGCCGCCUGACAAAUGGAUGCGACACCAAGGAUCUGGUGGACUGCAGCCUAUGGUGGGCGACAGGACUGUCGACCAGAGUGGUGACGGCUGCGACCGAGAAGGCAACACGGCGGCUGCCAAGGCUGCAAUGCAGCUCACGGCGCUUGAGGACCGACUGCAAGAUGCAGUGUGCAACAUGAGGCAGCGGACCAGGCUGCGUCGUGGUCGCGAAGUUGUCUGCAAUCGCUCGACAACGAGCGAGUUCCAGGAAACCACUCUGGCGAAUGCCGUGACCUUCCUUACUCCACCAAUCCAUCCCGUGGAAAUGUCACGCUGGUCUACUCUCACUGACAUGGUCAGCCUCAGAAAGACGACGAAGGCCCGGCACACAAGCAUGAUCGAUGCGAUGAACCUUCCUGCAGAUGCUGUGCUAGAAGAACCCAAGCCUUUAGGAGGCCCAGCUCUGCAGUCCGAAGAGAAGAGGGAGAACAAGGAACGGCUUGAGGAGCCUCCACCGUCCAGUGAAGCUGACCAGGCGUGUGAUCCGGUCUUUGAGGAGGAGGAGGAAGCAAGUGUCGCGCCAGAUGUCAGCUACGACAAGCUCACCAUGGACAUGUCCAGCAUAUGCUGUGGCUGCUCUUCCUCUCAGAACUUGCGCAGCCCGAGCAACUUGUGGCCGGAGGAUCGCGAGACCCACAGCAUCAUGCCAGCGAGCCCGAUAGCCUUGCCUUCAGCGGCCCCUUUGUUUUGUGCGUUCAGCUCAUCUUCUGGACGGUUGAGCACUGCUUCCUUCUACGAGCUCCUGUGCUUUCAGGAGAACUAUGGCUCCGCUGAGUCGCUGAUCUCUCUGCUGGUCCGGGAGCGCCGCCUCGCUCAGGCAUGCCAGUACAUCUUCAAUGAAAAAGCCGACAAGCGCCUGUUUGUGGACGUCGUCGCGCAUCAUUGCCUGGCACACAACCAGUUCCAUGAGUUGCAGAAGGUGAUCCUCGACUUCGACCCGUCACUUCAAAAAGUGCAGGAAUACUUGAACUCCGUCAAGGAAUUUCUGCGUGACAGACGUGCAUUGGACUUGCUGUAUUCCUACGAAGUCUUUACCAGAAACUUUGUCAAUGCGGGUUUCCUCGCCAUCUCGCUUUUCGUGCAGUCCUCCACCUGGGAUGCCCGGGUGGGACACCUCCAAAAUGCAGAAGCUCACCUUGGUUUUGCUCACCGGAAACUCUUGAGCCGAAAGAAGGGGGAGGGGAAGGACGGAACUGGUGAUGGGACUUCAGAGAAUCCCAUCACGGCAGCGCAGGAGAGUAUGACGGCGUCGGGAGACGCUGUGAGUCUGGAAGCCAAAAUGGGGAUCGCCGACAUCAAGAGGAAUCUCGAAACCGUCCGGAUCCAACGCGCGGUCUGCGAGGCGAUGCCAACGAGCAUGCCUCAGAAUGCCGUGCUCUUCGGUGACCUCCCGGGACAGUGCGAGGUUGCAGAGCUCUUGAUGGUCAACGGUCACUUCAAGCUGGCCCUCAAGGUAAUCGAAUUCCUGGAUUUGCCUGCAGUGGAGCUUUGCAUUCGAGCGUCGAACCAAAUAGCUACACAUCAGGCACGGUGUUCCACUGGUUCCAUCGCGCCAGUCGUGAAAUUCUUGGAGGCCAUUCCCAAGCUGCCGCCGGUGGAAUGGGACAGCUUGGUAUCCAAUGUGGUGAACAUCUGGAUUAUCGAAAAGGAAGAGCUGAAGGCCGAUCGCUCGGCCGCCUCGCAGCUGGUGCCGUACAUCCAAGACGAAAGGUGCAAAAUGGAUGCACUUAUUCUGAUUGGCAACUUGACCCCCGCAUUCCAGAUCGCACAAAGGCUUGGCAGCAUGCAAGACGUCCUGCACAUUAACUCGCGGGCUCAGGCGUCCGGAGACCAGGAGCUCUUGAAGCAGAUUGCAACCUUCAUGGCAUACAAUCCGAUUGCCAAGAAGAGGCCGUGA